UUAGCGAGCUCUUAGGCUCCUACUUUCUGUAAUCUCCAACUUUCCAUCCCCCCAUUUAUGCUGGCUCGAGCCCCAGGUCUCUGUCGCUCCAGAUCCGAACGCACAGUUGCACACCGAUAAGCACAAAGCCGCAUCCGAACUGCCGAAAGCUUUUCCUUCCUUAAAAUCCGUGAAGGCGACAAACAGCACCCAGAUCCCCUGCCCCUUCCCCUUUGCGACCUCCCACCAGCCAACCUCCGCCCUCCGCCAGCCAACAAUAUCCCUACAAUGUCUUCCCCUCCUUCCCCCGCCCAAACUAUCCCCACCAACUUCGCCUCACACGCCGAAACCUACCAGGCGGCCUUGCGCAACCUUUUCGCCGGCGACCCGGCCACGACCGAGGCCGACCUCGCGCGGCUCUUCACGCCCGACUUCACGCUCGAGGCGGCCAACAACACCAACAGCAACAACAGCAACAACAACACCAACAACAGCAGCAGCAGCAGCAGCGGUAGCAACGGCAAGAACGACGAGCGGUACGACUUCGCGGGCUUCGUCGCGCACGUGCGCCGGCUGCGCGAAUGGACGCGGCAGGGCGCUGUGGAGGUCGCGCUCGAGACGGUGCAGUUCCUGCGCGACGGCGCGCAGCUGGCCGAGCGGCACGUCUCGACGACGACGAUGACCAAGACGACGGCCGGGACGACGACGUCGUCGUCGUCCCGCGGGGCGGCCGACGAGGAGGAGGAGGUGGUGGUGGUGCUGCGGGCGGAGACGUUCCAGUUUGCCGAGGUGGCGGAGGACGGGAGGGUUAAGUGGAUUCGGGAGGUGGUGGUGCGCAGGGAGUAGCCACCUAGACUUUGAUGGGAUACCUGACUGAAUAGAUGGUUUGAUUUGAAGGGAACGGUUGUGGCAGGCUGGUUGAGGUGGC